UAUACGGGCAUAGCAACAAACACAUGCUAGAAAAAUUCUUGUAUUACUGUACUUUUUAAUAAUUCCAAAGCAGAUAUAUUGACACUUUGUCAGUAAGUUACAUUUUAAAUGCUGAAGUCAGCAUCAAUCUUUUUUUCUCUUAUAUUGAAAACCAAAUGGUCUUGAAUGGGUAUUGAGAUGCUUGAGAAUUCUCACUUAAAGUAGAAGGAAUAAUUUCAACUAGAAUUGAUAUAUGCCUUUGGUGGGGUGUUUGCCACGCUACCAACCAAGAUUACACAUUUUAGGCAGGAUCCUCCAGAGCCUGCAGCCACUGGGUCUAUAGCAUUAGGUGCAUGUGUAGCCUUGAAAACUAAGGACAAAAAUCAAAUGAUGGGUAUAGAGGAGCUGCCGAGUAAGCGGCGCUGGAAGGAAGAUGUGGACACCAACUUGAUCUCCAGUUCUCCCAUAGGGAGCCCACACACUGCCAACAACCACUACAACAACAACCACGAAGGGGGGCAGGUGAAACGCAAGAAGAAGGCCAAAGGUUUGAAGGUUGUCAAAGAAGCAGUCUGUGAAGAUGUGGAUAAUUUAAACAAUAACACAGAGUCCUCUAAAUUGGACACCCUGUUCUCUCCAGUGUAUCACGACUCCUUUUGCCAAAAUGGUAUUGACGAGAAUGAAAAUGAGCAAAUUGCAGAACUGGCCAAAAAGCUGGAUUUGGACAUAUCGACUGAAUCUUCAGAAAGUGACUCUAAUUCAAGUCGAGAAAGUCUCACCCCAGGAAAUAAUGGGGAGAUGUGUCACAUUGGUCCUCCCGCUAUCUACCAGGGCUAUGAGAACUAUAGCGUGGUCAACCAUUACCAGCCAACCAAUGAGGAGGAAGAGGCAGCAGAGGAAUCUUAUGAGGAAUGGGAUAUUGAACCAUUUGAUCCGUUCCUGUUCAUUAAACGCCUGCCACCAGUAGAUGAGGUAAUCAGGGCGCGGCAACCAGCCUUGCCUCUUAAGACACGCAGUACACCAGAGUUCUCACUGGUGCUAGACCUGGAUGAGACUUUGGUCCACUGUAGUCUGACUGAAUUAGAGGAUGCAGCAUUCACAUUCCCGGUAUUGUUUCAAGAUGUUACUUACCAGGUCUUUGUUAGGACUCGGCCCUUCUUCCGAGAAUUCUUGGAACAUGUUUCUAAGAUAUUUGAAGUUAUACUGUUCACUGCUUCAAAGAAAGUAUAUGCUGAUAAACUGAUGAAUCUCCUUGACCCAGAGAAAAAGUUGAUCAGACAUCGUCUGUUCCGAGAGCAUUGUGUCUGUGUUAAUGGGAAUUACAUCAAAGACUUAUCCAUCCUGGGCAGAGAUCUUACCAAAACCAUCAUAGUGGACAACUCUCCACAGGCAUUUGGCUACCAGCUUGAUAAUGGCAUCCCAAUUGAAAGUUGGUUUGUAGAUAGAGAGGACCGUGAGCUGAUGAAGUUGUUACCUUUUCUUGAGCAUUUAGUUGUCAUGGGCCAGGAUGUGAGGCCACAGAUCAGGCACAGAUACAGGCUGUUCCAGAUGAUUCCUAGAGACUGACUGACCUAGAUAUCUUACAGUGAGUUCAUCUUAUGGUUGAAGGGGACAACGAGGGCAGCACUGACUCCAGCAAUCUUUCCCCCCAGAUUGAACACUAAAAGAUACACCAACUGAUAUACACCUGAUAUUGAUUCUUACUCUUUAAAAUUUGAUUUUGAAGUUAACAUUCUGAAUCCAAGAACAGCUCCCAGAUACAUGAAGGUUUACUGAUGAUAUUUCUGGAGUUUCAGUUAUUCAGCAGAAUUAUCAAGCACUUAAAGAGUGUCCAUAUAAUAACCAAGGUGUGGCACCAGGGCACCGGUCUUCUGCAGCCUGACAUAAAUACACCUGUGGACAGUGGACACUUGCUAUCAAUAUGAGGAAUGCUGUGACCUUUUACAGCUAUAUCUUGGAUAGAGUGCCCUGUUCACAAACACAGGAUGGUACUGCCACCUGCUGGACACAGUCGACUACAACUGAAACUUGGUAAUUCAUACACGUUUAUACAUUUGACCACUGUUCGUCAGGAUUGAGAGGAAUCACUAUGUAGGACAAGGAGGAGUUAACGUGAGAUGGAUUUCACUAAUACCACCUGCCAUACAUUUCUUGUUCUAU